AUGUCAAUGUUACUUCAUUGUUUUGUUUCAUUAGACUAUUCAAUUGCUUUAACAAAAUCUCUCUUGUACUACGAAGCUCAAAGGUCGGGAAAGUUACCAUCAGGACAACGUGUUCAUUGGAGAGGUGAUUCGGGUUUGAAUGAUGGACAAUCAUCAAAGAUUGAUUUGAGCGGAGGCUAUUAUGAUGCUGGAGACAACGUGAAGUUUGGACUUCCCAUGGCGUAUACCGUGACAAUGCUAGCAUGGAGUGUCGUUGAAUACGAAUCCGAGCUAUCCAAGAAGAGCGAGUUGCUCCACACUUUAGAAGCUAUAAAAUGGGGAACCGAUUAUUUCAUAAAAGCCCACCCUGAAGCUAACGUCUUUUAUGGUGAGGUUGGUGAUGGAAACUCCGAUCAUCAAUGUUGGCAAAGACCGGAAGAUAUGACCACUCCGAGGACCCCUUAUAAGAUCGAUAGUUCCCAUCCCGGCUCUGAUCUUGCGGGUGAGACAGCUGCUGCCUUGGCCGCAGCCUCACUUGCAUUUCGCAAGUCGAGUCCAAAAUAUGCGUCCACUCUCCUCACACAUGCAAAGCAGUUAUUUGAUUUUGCUAGUUCAAAUCAAGGACAAUAUCAAAACAGCAUUCCUGAAGCUGGAUCAUUCUACUCAAGUAGUGGUUAUCAGGAUGAAUUGACAUGGGCCGCGGCUUGGCUGUAUGAUGGGACAGGAGACACGAAGUAUGCUGAUUGGAUCAUGCAAGCAGGGUCCGGCGGCACUAGAACCAUGUUCUCGUGGGACGACAAGUAUGUUGGUGCUCAAUUAUUGGUCACCAAGUUCCUCAUGCAAAAAAAGUUAAGUGACAACAAGCUAUUGGAUUACAAGAAUAAGGCGGAAGAGUAUAUAUGUAAUGUCAUUCAGAAAGGAAAUAAUAACGUGGGUAGGACGCCAUCUGGUCUAUUAUGGUGGACACCAUGGAAUAAUCUACAAUACGUCACGUCUUCCAUGUUUGCCGCUUCUACAUAUUCUAACUACAUUAAAGCUGCUAGAUCUAAUGUCAAAUGUGCUCAAGGGCAAGUUACCCCAGAUGAAAUAAUCUCAUUUGUCCGUUCACAGGUGGAUUAUAUAUUGGGUUCGAACCCGAAUAAAAUAAGUUAUAUGGUAGGAUAUGGGUCAAACUAUCCUCAAAAGAUUCAUCAUAGAGGAGCAUCUAUUGUCUCAAUAAAUAAUGAUAGUACACCAUUAGCUUGCAAUGAUGGUUUUGGUAAAUGGUUCAACAAGAAUGCUCCAAACCCUAAUGUGUUGGAUGGGGCAAUUGUGGGUGGGCCGGAUCAAGGUGAUAACUAUAACGAUGAUAGAGGCAAUUAUCAACAAGCCGAACCAGCUACGGCCAAUACAGCUCCCCUUGUUGGAGUUUUAGCUUCGCUUGCAUACAACUACAAUUAG